AGGAGAGAUACUUAAUCAUCUUCUUUUUUCCAAUUGUUAUUAAUCAAUUUUUCCAACAUUUAGUAUUUAAUCAAUCUAUUUAAUGUAUAUGUGUCUACUAAUUGUUUUCUAAUUGUGUUGGAACCUGGUGAUCAUGUUAAUAAUUAAUUCUACUACUCUGACAAUCCAUAAGGAAAAAUAAUUGUAUCUCUCUUUAUUGUAUCUGUGUAAACCUUAUUCUCUCUCACUCUCUGUCUCUUUAUUGUUUCUCAGUUUAUUUUUUUUUUCUUCUCAGUCUCUGACCAUGAAUCUAGUACUUGAUCUAUUUUAUUGAAAGAGAAGUAAAAUAGCCAAUAAAAGAGAGAGAGAGAAAAAAGACAAGGUUUAAAUAGUGAAGCAAAAAAAAGAAAGGGUGAAAGGCCGAUGUCAAUUUUAACCUUCAACCAUCAAGUGAUGAAAAAAUAAUUAUUGUCUUUUCUCAAAUUCUUUAUUGGAAUCAAACCUUUUUCUCUCUCUCAUCAAUCUAUCAUAUUUAUAUUCCACUUAUAUUAUUUUAUAUAUUCUCUCAAACAAGUAUUAUUAUUCUGUUUCUUUUACCGUCUCCUCUAAUAUCUCACUCUUCACAUUUCCAUUUCUCCCUCACUCCUUUCUCUUUUUUUUCACAAUCUCUUUUCUCCCUCUCAUUCACUCUAUCAUUUCCUCUGACAUCCUUCAACAAUUUGAAUUCGGAUGAUCACCAUCAAUACACAUUCUAUUGAGAAACUUGAAAAUCAUUCCUACUACUAUUUGAAAAAGUGAAAACAAAAUCUCUUAAUGGUGUGUCCUCUAUUCUUGGUACAAAAGGAAGAAAAAGGAUUAAAUUCUACCUGUAAAUCUAUCGUAAAAUCAACAAUCAACUCUAAUUACUGUUUAUAGUAAAUCACAAUUUACAUUUCGUUUGUCAUCAUUCCAGAUUUUCAUCUAAUCAACACAAUAUUUAUACACAGAUUCUCAUUCUCUCCCUCAACAACAAUAACAACAAUCUACUGAUCAUCAUCACCGCCAGUUUUUUCCCCAUCAACUUGAUUUACAUUUUGUUUACUGUAUAAGAAGAAAUCAACUAAAAGGAAGAUAAAAAGAGAGACAGAAAGAUAAUAUCCCCUUCGGGACUUUGAUUAUAAAACAAAAAUGGUGCAAAAGUAUAAAUCACCCAUUAGGGUUUACAAAUAUCCAUUCGAACUGGUUAUGAAGGCCUAUGAAAAACGAUUUCCAACCUGUGACAUGAUUCCAAUAUUCGUAGGAAGUGAGAUAAUCAAUGAAGAAGAAUCAGAUGAUGGUGCUAUUCAGAUAAUCGAAAGACGAUGUAAACUCAACGUCGAAGCUCCUUAUUUAUUAAAAAAGAUGUCAGGAAUUGAUUAUUUCUAUUGUAUCCAAAGGAAUACAUUGGACAGAAGGAAAAGAACGCUCGUAAUCGAAGCCUGGAAUGAAAGCUUUGCUUCUCGAAUUCAUAUUAAAGAAUAUUGCACUUAUUAUGUUCACCCUGAAGAUCCCGAGUGGACUUGCUUUGAACAAUCAGCCAGUUUAGAGGUUAAAUCAUUUUAUGGACUCGAAAGUGCUGUUGAAAAGUUAGCGGCCAAACAUUAUGCCGCCAAUGUUAAUAAAGGAAAGGAAAUAAUUGAAUUUCAUAUUGAAGAACUGAGGAAACAAGAUAUCACCUAUGUACCUCCGUUCGUGGACCAGAUCACAUCAAAUUCAUGUAACAAUGAGAAAGAGUCAAUUCAUUAUCCAACGGCAAACAAUUACUCCGCAAUUAUAUGACUGUUGUGUUUAGCAUCAUUUUCAAUUUCACCGUUAUCAUAAUCAACUAAUAACAACCAAUUUCAUCAUCGUUUCAUCAACAAGAUUAUCACUUUCAUCUUCAUCUUCUCAAUCAUUUUUGUAAUGAUCUUUACCUUUCUCUCUGUCAAAUUUUGUGGUCUCCCUCUCUCUCUCUC